AUGUCAACAACAUCAGAAGACAAUAACCCAACACCUCUAUCAUCACAAGAGGCAGAGCUUUCAAUGUUGGCUAAACUUCAACGCAAGUUUACCAUCCCUCCACCACCAAAGAAUUUGGUCGAUGGAGCCAAGCGUGACUACUUGUUGGUGGGUGGUGCCGGUCUGACCGCCGCAAUGCUAGGACUUGGUGUGUGGAACCAUGUCAGAGGUGGCAAUUCAUUGACCACUACCAGGUUCCUCAGAGCUAGAAUCUGGGCUCAGGCAAUCACCGUUGGAAUCAUGGGUUUCUAUGCCUACAACUAUCAACAGACUAUCGACGAUGAGAACAGAAAGAAGCAAAAGGUUGUUCUCACAUAA